UCCACAGGUGUGCUGUGUGACAUGGAGAGCAGCCAGAAAACACCUUUGGCUUCUUGGCAGAAUUAUUUAAUCUCUUAGUCGGUUCAGAUUGAAGAUUAACUUUUUAGAUGUCUACUCUAUGUAUAGCAACAUGAAGAUUUUGGAUUUGUUUGUGAUCCUCCUGUACGUUUCCCAGUGUGCAUCAGGUGUGGAGGUAGUAGAGGGGGCGAAGUUUGUUCUCCUGCCCUGUGAGUUUCCCACUUUUGAACAAAAAGAAUCCACAGCUGUGUGGAGUCGCUAUGACCUCAAUCCCUCCACAGUUCACCUGCGUCGACGAGAAGGCGAUGACCUUCAGAACCAAAAUGAGCAGUUCAGCGGCCGAACGUCCAUGAAUCCCGACGCUCUGGAAACCGGAGACCUCACUCUCACUCUGAAAAAGCUUCAGCUGUCUGACAGCGGCAGCUACACCUGCACCGUCCGUAGGUUUGGAGUUGAACUCAGUCAGUCAAGAGUGGAACUGCAGGUUCAGAGGGUCAAAGGUGGAGUUCCCGUCAGUGUCACAGUGGCUCUGGUUGUCCUGGUUGUAGUUGCAGCUGUCAUCGUGGGUGUUGGAGUUUACUUCAGACACUAUUUUAAGGAAGCCCCACAGGUGGAUGUGGAUUCAGGGGUGGAGUCUGUUCAGCUGCCCUUUAUAACCACAGUUCACCGACGUGAAGAUGCAACUGUAGAGUGGACUGACAGCUCCAACAGGAUAGUCCAUGUGUAUAAAAACGGUUCUGACCUCCUUGAAAAACAGCACUGGUUUUACAGAAAUCGAACAAUGAUGAGGAAAAACCUGCGGAUAGCUGUGGACCUCAGCCUGACUCUGAAAUACCCGACAAACAGAGACACAAACACCUACACCUGCACCGUCUAUGACAGGGGGAAAAACAUCCUAAAGAAGAAACAAGUGAAGCUCUAUGUCACAGUCCCCCUGGUGCAGGUGGAGGAGGGGGUCGAGUCUGUACAGCUGCCCUGCAAAACCAAACUUCACCUGCCAAAAGACAGUAAAGUGGAGUGGACCUGCAUUUACAUCCGGACCACAAAUGUCCACGUGUAUGAGAACGGGUCUGACCAGCUUGAAGAGCAAGACCACUUUUACAGAGACCGAACGAAGAUGAAUGAAGACCUGCUGAAAACUGGAGACCUCAGUCUGACCCUGAAACACCCCACAGAGAGAGACACCGAAGUCUUCACCUGCACCGUCUACAGCAGGGAGGGAAACAUCCUGCUGAGGAGAGAAGUGAGGCUUCGAGUCGAAGUCUGUCAGGUGGAGGUGGAGGAGGGGGUGGAGUCUGUCCAGCUGCCAUUCAAAACCACACAAAACCUGCCUGAAGAUACGGAAGUGGAGUGGUGGCGCUAUGAACCCGAACCACCGAUGACGGUUCACAAAUAUCAGACCGGCUUUGACCAGCCUGAUGCACGAGACCAGUCUUACAGAGAGCGAAAUGAAAUGAGAGGCGACUCACUUAAAACUGGUGACCUCAGUCUGACCCUGAAUUACCCCACAGACAGAGACACUGGAAAGUACAUCUGCAGAGUUGAGAGCAAAAAGAUCAAGAGAAAGAAAACAGUUCUGCUCAAAGUGAUAAACUGUGUGCUGGAGGUGGAGGAGGGGGCGGAGUCUGUCCAGCUGCCCUUCAAAACCACACAAAACCUGCCUGAAGAUGCUAAAGUGGAGUGGAAACGUGAAGAACCCAAACCAUCAGUUUUAGUCCACGUGUAUGAGAACGGCUCUGACCAGCCUGAAGAACAGCACCAGGUUUACAGAGACCGAACGAAGAUGAAUGAAGACCUGCUGAAAACUGGAGACCUCAGUCUGACCCUGAAACAGCCCACAGAGAGAGACAGUGGAGAGUACAUCUGUAAUGUCAGCAGCAAAGAAAAAAGCAUUUCAAGAGAGACCACAGUGCUACUAAAGGUCAAAGGGAGAGUUCAGGUCCAGGAUCAAACAGGGGACAUCAGGAACAGAAGCAGCUCCAUUGAUCCGACUCCUCUGAUGGCUGAUCAAUCAGUUUGACAUCUCUGCUUAGUUUAGGAUCAGCUUUUAGUUCAAACAGAGAUAGAAAAAAUUACAGUUUAUCAAAGAAAUCAUUUUAUUUAACUAUGCAAAACAUUAAGAACAAAUAUUUGUUAUAAUGGGUAAAGCUAGUUAAAGAAGUUUUAAAGAUGAUUUGAUGUUUUCAAAAAUGGAUUUCCUGCAGUUAAAAUUAAAGUCCCUUUCUCACGACUACACUUUAAGGAAGGGACUGGGGCACACCAGCCUGCAUGGCAGAGUUCCAAGAUGAAAACCACUAGUCAACAAAAUGAAUAUGAACGCUUGCCUCAAACAUCUUGAUGAUCCUCAAAAUCUUUGGGAAAAAACUCUGGACUGAUGAGUGUGUCUCAUUACACACGACAUUUCUGAAAAGGAAGCUCAUACUAACAGUAAAAUAUGGUGCUGAUAGUCUGAUAGUCUGAUAGUCUGAGGCUGUUUUGCUGCCUCAGGACCUGCAAGACUGGCUUUCCUAAAUGGAAGCAUGAAUUCAGCCCUCUUAAAAAAACAAUUCUUUAGGAGACUAUCUGGCCAUCCAUUCUCAUCUGACCUGAAGCUGAAGCACACUUGGUUUCUGCAGCAGGAAAAUUAUGCAAAACACACAAAUAAGUCAAUUUUGUGUGUUUCUGAUUUAUAUGCUGUGACAUGACCUUAAAAAGCUGGUUCAGCAAUGUGGCUAAAUUACAACAAUUCUGCAACAGUGGGUGAGCUGAAAAUCCUCCACAGUGCUGUUAAAGAUUUAUUGCUGGUUGCCACAAAUGCUUGGUUGCAGUUGUUGCUGCUAAGGGUGAGCCAACUAUUUAUUAAAUUGAGGGGGCAAUUGCUUUUUCUGACAUGUUCAUCUAGGUUUGGAUUUUUUCCCCUUAAUAAUAAACACAUUUAUUUAGAAACUGCAUUUUGUAUUUACUUCUGUUCUUUGUCUAAUAUUGUAAUUCAAUUAAUGAUGUUUUAUAACUCACCUCUAAAAGUUCAGGUCAGGGGUUAAAAGGAAGAAAAGGAACGUGAAGAAAAGGAAGGUGCAAUGAGACAUGGGAAAUCAUGAUUCGUGGCAACUGAAAUUUAUCAAUAAUUAAAAGCAAUCCUGACAGUUAUUACAAAUUAAUAUUAGCAGGUUCAGGCCCAACUCAUGGCCUAUAAAAAUCUGUGUCAUUACCAAAGUGUGACAAAAGAAACAUCUCAUGAUGGGUAAAACCAGUGAGCUGUCUCAAAACCUUCACAACCUUAUUGUUGCAAAACAUACUGAUGGUUCUAAACUAUUGAAGGUUCUAGUUAGCAUUGUUGGGUUCUUAAUCCAGAGGUGGAACGAAAGUCAUUUCACCAUAUAUAAUAAUGAUCAGAAGAGUUGUUGAAGAGCCAAGGAGCUACAGAAAAACCUGGAAUCAGCAGGUAUGAAGAGCAAGUUUGCUGAACAACAUUUAGCAAAGCCAGUGAUAUAUAGUCUGGUCAGAUGAUCAUAUGAUUGUUCGGUUUUUCUCUGUAGGGUUUACCUUACAAUAUAUAGCGCCUUGAGGUGACUGUUAUUGUGACUGGUCACUAUAUGAAUAAAAUUGAUUUGAAAUGAAAA